AUGGCAAGCGAAGAAGAGAGUGCGGUAAAAGAGCCAUUGGAUCUCAUCAGACUUAGCCUGGACGAGCGUAUCUACGUCAAGCUCCGCUCUGAUCGUGAACUUCGCGGCAAACUCCACGCUUAUGAUCAGCAUUUGAAUAUGAUUCUUGGGGAUGUUGAAGAAAUUGUUACCACAGUUGAAAUUGAUGAUGAAACUUAUGAAGAGAUUGUUCGGACUACAAGGCGCACAGUGCCCUUCCUGUUUGUUAGAGGAGAUGGUGUCAUAUUGGUCUCUCCUCCAUUAAGGACAGCUUAA